AUGCUGACCUCCAGUAGUCAGGACGACAAUCACGAGAUGAGUAAUCCAAAAGACGCAGAUAUCACUCGGGGCGAUGUGAUGCCUUCCCACUCCAAUGUUACUGGGACAGAAGAAAACUUGGAGCAAGACAAAUUAAGAGCUGAUGAGGAGGGAAAACGUUUAUAUAAAAAAACUCAUCCGCUAGAAAACCAGGUUCGAGAUAACUAUUCAUUUGAACAGAAGAGACAAAAAAUACUGAAUGGGAAAUCUCUUGGGAUCAAGCAAAUAGAGUCAGAAACUAACAAAAAAAAAAUCCCAGGAAAAGUCAUAGAAAAGCUAUGGGAGCCGUUGGAUGAUGAGGGUAUUGAAUCCGUUGAUGAAAUACUACUGAUGGCCCUCAAUAAAACUGCGGAGCGGUAUUAUACUCCAAAAUCAAAGAAAUUCAAUAAAAAAGUAACCGAAACGCAAAGAAUUCUCGUUAAGUCAUGGCUUGACGAAACGAACAGUCGGUCAUUCAAAUCAAGACUCAAAUUUACAAAGCUUCCUGUUCCUGGAACGUCAUUGGUCUCCUCAAAACGUGGAGAUAUCAAGGGCUCGCUAAACUUCGAUCAAAUGUCUCGCAGAAGGACUCAAUUAGAAACGUAUCUUCUGGCCGAAAUCAAGCAGCUUAAUGAUCUAAAGAAAUACUAUAAUCUGGUUAAACUUGCAUAUGAGCUGGAUUUGAGAUAUUUUAAUGACUUCAAGAAAAUUAAAACUCUUAAUAGCUCCAAAAUGGAAAAGGAACUUCAAAAGAGACGAUCAGAUUUAAAUUUCCCUUUAACUGGGAUAGAGACGGAUAGAAUUAAUUUAGAUACUUCUCAAGGACUAUUUACUAAGUUCGAUCCAAACGGCGAUAAGGAUGUUAAAGAGAUUUUGAGCCGUUUAGACACAAAGCUAUCCUCAAAACUAGAAAGAGCCGAAUCUUUAUCAAAACUCAAUGAUAAACUUGAAGUCCUAUAUAAUGAAAUUGAAAUGAUGUAA